AUGGCUCAAUUGCAAUGGACUACUACUUUGGCACCUUUACCAGCUACAGAGCGUAAUUUCUCGACGAAAAUCUCCUACGAUAAGCAAUCCAAAUGCAUUGGUUACGGAUGUGGGAAGUCAGCUUUCAUUAGAUCACUAGAUUCGGAUUUCCAAGUCCAGUUCACAGGUCAUGGCACGGCAAAAGUGACUGUGGUACGCUUUCAACCGGUGAUAGGAUCCCACUACGUGUGUUCUGGUGACGAUCAAGGCCGUGUGAUUGUAUGGGAAUGGUUUCCUUCUGGUAGCCAAUCGGAUAUAGAAGCAACUGCAGAACCGACCACGGCUGUUAAAAGCGAAUUUCAAGUGCUAUCUGGACCUGUGAUCGAUGUCAGCUGGGAUAUGGAUGGCCGCAGACUAUGUGUUGUAGGCGAUGGACGAGACAAGUUUGGGGCCUUUAUCUCCUGGGACACUGGUAAUUCCUUGGGAGAACUCAGCGGACCCUCCAAACGUGUCAACGCCUGUCAUAUUAAGCUCAGCAGGCCCAUGAGAUGCUUCACUGCUGGUGAUGAUGGUGCAUGUGUAUUUUUUGAAGGUCCGCCUUUCAAGUUUGCGGCAAGCGACCGUACCCACCACGACCAGGGAAAGUUCAUUCGCGAUAUCAAGUUUUCGCCAGGUUCAGGCACUUAUGCGAUUUCUGUCGGUAGUGACCGCAAGAUCGUGUGCUUCAAUGGCCGUACUGGUGAAUUUGACAAGUAUAUCGCAGAUGCAGACGAGACAGUUGAUGGAGGUCAUUUUGCACUUGACUGGUUCGAUGACGGUGCAGAGUCGCACAGGUUCGUCACUGUCAGUGCAGAUGCAGCAGUAAGAGUAUGGGAUGCUGAGAAAAAUAAGUGCGUCUACAAGUGGAAGCUGGAACGUACUGUGUUAAACCAAUUGGUUGGUGUCACUGUCAUUGACGAAAACCACGUCGUUGCCGUAUCUUUGGAGGGUGCUCUACACGUCUUCAAAAUUGGAGAAGAGUUACCGGUGAAGACCAUUGUGGGGCAUAACAAGGCAAUUACAGCUUUGGUUGCGGCGCCACUUGUAUCCGGAUCAUAUGACGGCAGAAUUGUUACAUGGGGAAUCAAUGGCUCUCAAAGUGCAACCAUGGGUAACGAGCACAACAACGUUGUUGUGGCUUUACAAAAAAAGACUAGUGUUAUAUCUACGUCUUGGGAUAGCACCUUGAGAGCUAGUGGCGAGGUGAAGCACACUUUCGAAUCUCAACCGAAGAUUGCUGCAGUCUACGACAACUCGCAGGCCGUGAUCACGAUUGCGAACGAUCUCGAAAUUCUUGACGGAGAGACCGGAAAGGUCGUGGCGUCGAAGAAAUUGACAGCAGCGGUUUCUGCGAUAAGUUUAGGGCCAACUUUCGUCGCUGUUGGUUACGAGCAGUCAAACGCAAUUGAGGUUUUCCAUAUAUCGGAUCUUUCUGUGAGCUUUACUAUCGCAAGUUCACUAAGAGCUCGACCUUCAAGCUUGUCGCUGUCGCCUUCUGAAAAAUAUCUGGCUGCCGGAGAUGUGAUGGGCAAGAUCUUGUUGUUUGAUUUGGGUACUAGAAGUGUUAAAACGUCGAGAUGGGCAUUCCAUUCAGGAAAGAUCACGAGUAUGGCCUGGAGACCAACUGCUUCUGAAGACGAGGAGGAUCUCAUUGCCACUGCGUCUCUAGAUACGCAUUUGAUGAUAUAUUCGGUCCAGAAACCCAUGAAAACUGCCAAACAUUUAAAUGCUCAUAAAGAUGGGAUCAAUGUAGUUGCUUGGGAUGGCGAGUCGACCCUUUUCACUGCAGGAGGGGACUCGUGCAUCAAGAGAUGGAGCUUUGAGCCAUAA